GCUCGCUCUCAGUGCCAAAAAAAUCAAGCACAAGGAUGGCAGCCGCAACAACAGCAGUAGCAGUAGCAGAAGCAAGUGAGGGAGAUAAGUACCGUAUUUAUAUAUAUGGAGAGGGUGAGAAGAACACCAAAUGGAGAUACGGUGCUCCUCCCAACUACGAUUUAGUCAACAAGCUCUUUGAGGAAGGCCGAACUAAGGUAUGGCCCGCAGGCUCUCUAGAAGAAAAGGUGCAAAACCUUGUGAAGACAUGGGAGAUGGAGAUGUUCCACAAGACAUGCUGGGAUGACUAUAAAACGUUGGAUCCAUCCAACUAUACUUUGAGUCUCAACGGAAGAAAGGGCAUAACACUAGAAGAAAAACGCCUCCUUGGGGGAGGAUACAACUCGUUGUUGCAGACAUCCUUGCCUGAGAAGUACCGAUGCUACAAUCCUGCAAUAGAAACAGCAGACUCAUCUCACAAGGCCUUCACAACAGCAUUCCCUCGUGGGUUUGCGUUGGAAGUGCUUCACGUGUAUUCGGGCCCACCGGUGAUUGUGUACAAGUUUCGGCAUUGGGGAUUCAUGGAGGGGCCCUUUCAAGGCCAUCCUCCAACUGGGGAGAAGAUAGAAUUUUAUGGGAUGGCCGUUUUCCAGGUUGAUGAAAUGAUGAAAGUAGUGAAGGUGGAAUUCUUCUAUGACCGGGGCGAGCUGCUUGGAGCUCUUCUUAAGGGUGCUAAUUCAGAAAGUUCAGGAACUUUGAGCUGCCCUUUCUUGAACACUGCUUCAUAGAUCACUCUUUCGUUUGGUGACCCUCAUUCGCAUGCAUAUGCACAUGUACUUGUGUGUGAGCGUGUGCAUGCAUCCAUCCAUUUAGAGGUGUGUGCACAUGUUUCAGGUCCCCUCCAGCCCUGUUCUUGAUAUGUUCUGUUUGUGGUUUAAAGAUUUGAUAUAUGAUAUUAAGCAAAAAUAAUUACUGAA